GAUGGUGAAAGUCGCCAAGUGGAGAGCUGAGGAAGGCAGAAAUACACACACACACACACACACACAUAUAACACAGAGCGAGCGCGCUUGCAUGCACACCACUGCAAUCCUUACUGUGAACAACCCAAUCGGACAGGCUUGGACCUAUGUCUCAAACAGCAGAGAGAUUGCUUAGAGAGGAGAGAAGGAAGGCUCGCAACUGAUUAUUUUUCUCUCUCUCUCUCCCCCCCCCAACCCCCCCACCACCACCACAACCAGCCCUCCUCUUUGCCAUUGCUCAUUUUACCUCUGCGUUGUAAAGCAGGUAUCUAGGUCCAACAACAUAGAAAGAGCAGCAGCGAUUUGAAAGUAAAGCAUCGGCGGCGUUGCAGGGAGAAUGUGGAGAGCGAGCGGCCGUGUGUGAGAGACCGCUCUGCGAACAGCUCCAGCGGGAUCAGCAGCAACUGGAAGCAACUGCGAGGCAGACUCUCGGAUCUUUUGGUUCUUUCCUUUAAUUUUAAGAAAAAGGAUACAUCCAGAGAUUUGACAGGGACGCGGGGCGCUUUCUACCCGAACUGUACUGGACCAAGUGACCGGUAAUGAUGGCAAUAAGGAACUCGCUUUGGAGAUACUAUUUGGGAGUUUUGUUCGUUUUAUGCAGGGUGGCUCUAUCAAACUGUGAAAUUUUGGCACCUAUAUAUUGGAAUUCCUCGAAUCCCAAGUUUCUACCCAGUAAAGGUCUGGUGAUGUACCCACAGAUAGGAGACAAAUUGGAUAUUAUUUGUCCCAAGGUGGAUUCCAGGAUUACUGGACAGUAUGAGUACUUUAAACUGUAUCUGGUUUCGAAAGACCAAGCUGACAGCUGCAAUGCUGUGCCCAGCCCCACACCAUUACUCAAUUGCAACAAGCCAGAUCAAGAUGUCAAGUUUACCAUCAAGUUUCAGGAAUUUAGCCCUAAUCUCUGGGGACUGGAAUUCAAAAAAUAUGAGGACUAUUAUAUUAUUUCAACAUCAAAUGGUACUUUGGAAGGCCUGGAAAACCGAGAAGGUGGUGUAUGCCAGACCAAAGCCAUGAAGCUCAUCAUGAAAGUUGGACAAGAUGCAAAUUCUGAGGGACGAAAAGAAAAAUCCACCAGAGCUCCUGCAAAAGAAGGGGAUGGCAUCACAACCAAGCCCACCCAAAAGACCGAGAGUGAAGGUGGGACACGCUCAUUGAGCGGUGAGAAUAAACCUUCGACUGCACCUAGGGACCCAGACCAGGGGAGAUUCCUCAGCCCUGACGUGGCCCUAUUUGCAGGCAUUGGAUCUGGAUGCGUGAUCUUCAUCAUCAUCAUCAUCAUGUUGGUGGUCCUGCUGCUAAAGUACAAGAGGCGACACAGAAAGCAUUCCCCGCAGCACACCACUACUCUCUCCCUCAGCACACUGGCCACCCCCAAACGAGGAGGCAACAACAAUGGCUCUGAACCUAGUGAUAUUAUCAUUCCCUUAAGGACUGGAGACAGUGCUUUCUGCCCUCACUAUGAAAAAGUCAGUGGAGACUAUGGACAUCCUGUGUACAUAGUUCAGGAGAUGCCACCACAAAGCCCGGCAAAUAUAUAUUACAAGGUCUGAUCUGCCAGAACUGAGGCUGGUUUGGGAUCCUGGAGAAAAUUUUUUGGCUUGUUGCAUACCUGGGACUUCUGCUGAAAUUAGUGGUGAAUUUUCUUUGCACCAGGAUUGACUUCAAACUUGUAGGAGAUUUAAAGGGGAAAGUGGAAACUUGCAGGAAAUUCAGCUGAAGAGUGAGUUGGUUAGUGUGUAUGAUGUGUAGGAAUCUGCUUACGAAUAACAGGAGCAGCAAGCCGGAGAAAAGUUGAGUUAGGACUCAACCAAACUGUUCCACCUUUUGCUCUUACUAUUAAUUUCUGGGCCAUAUGCUUAAGUCAUACCAGGAAGCAAGAGGCAAACGGUUAUGUGAACUAUCUAUCACUGUAUUUAUAAUUAGUAACAUUUUAAGCUUUGGAUAUUCAGCAAUAGAAAAUAGUCAGUCUCCACUUUCCCUGAACUGUUAUCUUU